CUGGCAAGCCUGCGAAAUCCUGUGCCAUCACGAGGCUUCCCUCACGAACAUGGCUGCAUGACAAUGCGCCGUCAAUAACUGACCUGGCCUCUGAUUCGCCCCAUUCCAGCCAAUCGUGGCUCGGCCCUCUGAACGACCUAUCGUGUCUUUUUCUUCCCCCAAGAACACUACCACGGUACCACACACACCUGGCACGGGCACGCACCGUUGGAAGGACUAGAGGCGCACGGGGCAGCUUUGCCACGGAGGACAUGCAGUCCCGCCCUCAACGUGCGGCGCCAGCGGCACCCCAGCAGUGGCAUGUAUAUCGUGACUGCGGCCUGCUAGCCCGGCGAACAAUGUGUGUGAAUCGCUCUAACGCCUGGCUCGUCCGUCUCCCGACUAUCAUGCCGCGCCUUUGUUGUUGUUGUUCAUGUUGUUGUUCAUGUUGUUGUGCCGUACGCUGAUGCCAGCCCAGAUUACAGUCCGUGCUCCGCAAGGGCCGUAUUGGUGCUCUACAUACCACACAAUCUGCAGCUUCACGUGUGUCCCACUGGCAUGCCAGUGUAGGUCAUUCCGGUCUGUGUGCAUCGGGGUCUGACAUUACAGAAACAUCGCCAUCCCACUGAUUGUCUCAUUGGUUCUGGGAAACAUCAGUCUCAGACCUCUCUAUCUCGCACGUCAGCUUUGCCCUACACAUACCGCGUCAUCUUGUCUUCAAGCGCAAGACUACACAGGGGGCAGGGGGGGUGGGCAGUAGGAAUACCCACGGACGAAACUAAAUGUCCAAUGAAGAUGAUGCUAGGUGGCCUGGGCAAUUCUCAUCUAAACUCUAGCAAAACCAAUAGCACCACAGCCACAUAGACCUGGAGACGGCCACUGGUAGUGUACGCUGCCCAUGCACGCUUUGCUUCCAACUAAUCUCCAUAAUAACCACGAGGAAACUUCUGCAGCAGCACAAGCAUUGCAUCGCCUCUUGCUUGGUGAACAAGCGGCUGGGGCGGCUCGUUCGUGUGAACAAACAACACCCACCAGCUACACACCAGGUAUUACUCACUCUGCUUGCUUGCUUGAAGAACAGAGAAGACUCAUACCGUGGCAACUGCCACUGAUCAACCCAGCCUCUGCUGUCUCCAUCCCAGCGGAGCCGCUGGGCGUCUAUCGUCUCAAAACGUCUGUCUGUCAGCAAAGAGUGCCAGCACAAAAGAGCCACGCUAAUUCUGCCCUGCUAGCCCCCCUGUGAGACUAGGGGUGCAUGUUGGGGGGGGUGUCCACUCUGACCACACCCCCUGGGUGACACCGGUGACCCACCAGAAUAGAAAGCAGGAAAGCUAAGGCGGCAGCAUCCCCUGUUGAAAUCUGGAUCAGGCUACCCUGCUACUGUCUCUUGGGUCUUGGGACUCGUACUGUGCCACAAGGGUGGCCCAGGUUCGUUUCGAGACGGCCUGCGGAUAGAAAUCGCGUCAGCCCUCUUCAUACAUCUGGUAGUCCAUAUCCUCUCUCGCACCACCUUCAAGCCUCACAUCACUCUUCAUCUCGCCUCACCUUCGAACUUCUCUCGCUCCUGCAUCAACGAACCGAGGAUUUGGAUACUCACCCACCUAUGCAUUUUUGAGAGCCAUCUCUUUCGACCAGUCUAUUCCAUACGGAGAACCGCCGCUCUUGAAUGCUGUUGACUUCGACGUCAUCUUUGUUUGUUUCGACAUAAAACCACAGGGACGGCCAGGACCUCCAGACAAAAGCCAACAUAUAGGAUCAGGACAGAAAGUCUGCCGCUGUCUACAUUUUGGAUUCUCGAGCCUCACUUGGAUUUGAUGCCGCCUGUCUCGACAUAGUUUUCUUUUUUGCUCUCUUGGACGUGCCUGGACUGCUCCAUCCGCAAGCCAGAAGGAUAUACUCCCAGGACUCCCGGACUCAUUCCACAGCUUUAUCAUGUGUCAUGUCGCAGCACCAGCUUACAACCAUCUCCCUUCUCCCCCUUUGAGUCCACUUGGGUUUGGCCAGAACUACACGAUCCCUUCGUCAGGCGCUACAGGACCUUUUCGAGUUCCCCCGUCUCCUCCCCAGUCUCCAGCUCCAGCUCUGCCCAGAUAUGUCCCGGUCGCCCCUGAGGACAGGUUAGGAAGCUGCCUGGCAGGCUCGCUACGCCUGGAUGGGAUCCUCGGCACUGGUGCCUAUGGUGUUGUGUACUCGGCCAUCGACAUUUACACCAAUGUCCGUUAUGCCGUGAAAACACUCAGCAAGUUCAAUGCCGAUGGAACACCGUUGGAUCAACGACAGAUGGCUUUCCAGACCAGGGAAAUCCGCCUGCACUGGGAGGCUUCCGCCCAUCGGAAUGUCGUGUCCAUGUUGAAGAUUAUCGACGGCACCGACUGCAUCUUUGUCAUUUUGGAGUACUGCCCUGAAGGUGAUCUAUUCUACAAUAUCACAGAGUGCGGGCAGUACGUUGGUAAGGAUGACUUGGCCAAGCGGAUAUUUCUCCAGAUCCUGGAUGCUGUAGAAUUCUGCCACAGCCGGGGGAUUUACCAUCGGGACCUGAAGCCGGAGAAUGUUCUCGUCAAAGACCAGGGAGAGACCGUGAAGCUCGCCGACUUCGGCCUGGCCACAUCUUCCGAGCGAUCUGACGACUAUGGUUGUGGUUCAACCUUCUACAUGUCACCAGAAUGCCUGGACCACUCAUCCCGGAGGCCUUUCUACUACUGCGCCCCAAAUGAUGUCUGGAGCCUAGGAGUCAUUCUGGUGAACCUCACCUGUGGACGGAACCCAUGGAAGCAGGCAUCUGUUGAGGACUCCACGUACCGGGCCUACACCCGCAGCGCAGGAUUCCUCAAGACCAUUCUUCCCGUGUCUGACGAACUGAGCGACAUUCUGGGGAGUAUUUUCACACGCGACCCAGAACACAGGAUCACACUACCCGCGUUGAAGCAGAGGAUUUUGGCCUGUUCCAGGUUUACAUGCGCCGAGCAGCCAGCUCUGCCGACACCGCCGUCUUCCCCGUCCGUUCAGGAGAACGCCGUUGUUGAUGCUAUGGACUACGACUAUCCUCCUUCUCCUGCCGAAUCUGUUGACGAGUACUCCGAUGGGGACUCGUCGGACGACGACUCGAUAGACGGCGCCGCUUCAGACGAUGACUCUGUUGAUGGGCUGGACAAUGAGGACCGCCCUGACUGCUCAGUCGAACCCAAUGUUUCCGCCCCUACUCAGGCGCCGUUGGCCACCUUUGCUCCAGCCGACCCAAGCAUGUUGAACUGCGGCCCACAAUUCAACAUAUACCAAGGAGUAAUGCCGGAGCCCACACAGCCAGUGCAACCUUUACAACAGGCACCACAUGGGACCUGCGCCCCCAAAUUUGGAUUUCCACAAUUUUGGGAUAUUUUCAGGCAAUACGCACCCCCUCCGCCUCAGAUCCACCAUUCCCUGCACUUCUACCCUCAGGUUUCUUUUCCUGUACCAGGCUUUUAAAAAUCCAUCACGAGACUGGCGAAAAGGGCAAGGCUCCACAGCGCCGCUGUCUGGAAUCUUAUCUCCAUUGGACCUUAUUUAUGUCAUCAACUUCCUGGAUUUCCUUUUUCUCCGCCGCCGGACUCUCUUUGGGUUGUGCCCUUGCAAGCCAAAGGCUUCAUCAAAUGUUACCAAAAAAGAAAGGAGCUUGACCCCGAGGAACACAGUAUCGAGGGUCUCGACCAGGGACACAAAAGCCGGAUUUCGUUUUACAGCUUGAUCUGUAUAUGCCAUAUUAAUUUUUACGGGCUUGGGGGCCUUGUCCCCAUUUUUUUCCUUUUGUGUUUUUGAGCAUGGAGUUGGGGUUGGAUUUGUGGAGGCAUUGUUACAAGAAUGCCACCGUGGUCUUGGCUGUGGUCGACGACGUCGAGACUAGUUGGUCAAGAGGAAUUCGCGAGGACCUGCCACCGGAGCGCGCCGUUUUGGAUUACUUGAGUUCUACGGAGUGCAUUUCUGGCGUGCUCAGUACGGUCAUAGAUCGGCUUGCAGUUCAUGGAUUUCGCGUUCGCUUCUUGUCACCAAUACCUGGGCUUGGCUGUCUGAAUAUUUUGGAAUCGAAGGAAAAUGGGGAGAGAUGUUAUGAGAAACGGGACAUUAUGACGAGUCUAGAGAUCUUCGGGGUGACCAUCCCGAUCUUGUCAGCCGCUCACGCGGCUUGGUGGAUAUACAUACGUUUCACUAGCUGUCGAGAGGAAUCUCCCAAUGGCACUGCCGGGGGGGUUGUUCCUCGCGAAGCAAGGGGCACAUGCGGAAGAAGCUUUGCCCAGUGUUCAAUACAAAUACAACGUUUUGGACCACACAGGACAUCACACAUUUUGCCGUGCCUUUUUGGUGGGAAAUGCGCGGGUCAAGCUGUUGAACAAACAAGGAGAGGUCGGUCGAACUCAUGGGUUCCAGGAGCGGACUGUCCCGAGAUCGAGAAUGGGCUGUUGGCAGCUAGCUGUAUUCUAGCCUCCCCGGAAGUGUCCUUGGAGCGGAGGAAGUUUCUUUGUUCCUCGUCGUGGUCGUCGCUACGAGCCAGGUAUUAGAUCUUUUUGCUCUCAGACAGUCAAUGGCACGCCGUCCUGCCUUUCG